AAGUUGUCGCGUGAUGCGGCAAAACGUGUUGGCGGUUAUUUUACGUAGUUUUUCUAUUAUUGUGCUAUUGCUAUUGUUACUAAUGCUGUGCGCUAGGUUUAGCUUCGUUUCCAACUGCAAAACAACUAUUUUCCUCUCUGCAGUUAAAGAUCAUUUUGUGUGUUUUGCCGGCAGAGCAUGCGUACCAUAAUAUUUCGAUCAAAGUUAUAUGUGCUUAAAUGAGUGCACAUGCAUUCGUGUAAACGUGUUUGCUAUAAUAAUGUUGCGGAAGUCCAUCUCUGUUUAACGGCUGAAUUCUUCAUUCGUUCACUUGUUCGCACGUGAAAAAAAGAAACGUAUAAGGAAAUAGACAAAAAAAUAAAUGUCACAGUAACAGCGACUCGUGAACGUGUAUAACAUGUGCGUUGCUACGUUUUUAUGAUGUUCAGUUAAGAUUUCUGAACAUGGCACCCCACCACUUGACUCUCUAAAAGUCACUGAUUUUUGUUUCUGUCAGUUCCACGACUUCGUAUUCCCAUAUUCUUCGUCUGCACCAACGUAUGUAUAAUGGACUUUCGCUUGACCCUCUGCCAGCCAAAAAGGCAGAGGGCCCUCCUGUUCAAAUGGAACCAGUUGAUCUCAGUUUGCGGUCAUCAAAAGGAUCUCAGCAAAACUACAAGACAUCAGGUGGUUUAAAGUCUAAUAUUGACUUGAAUUCGUGGAAAACCUCGUAUCGCAUAAGUUCAGGAAAUCCUUUCAGCGGUAGUAGUAGCAACAGUUCUAAAGUUUCAUCUUCAUCUACCACAUCAUCAACAUCAUUGACCGUCAAUCGGCAGUCAAGUGCAGCAAUAUCUAAAUUGCAGUUACCACCGUUUUUGGCCGGAGCGCCGUUUCUCUUCGCUUAUCGCCGCUUAAAAGAAGAAAAUAAUAAUAAUAAUAUUGGCUUUUCAGACCACAGUGAUAAUAAUGUGAACAGUACACUACCCUUGCACCAUUUGGGUGCUAGUAUUGAGGCGCAAGUGUUGCAUGCCAGUUCGUCAAGGGGAAAUUUUUCUGCCACCACUUCAGCUAGUAGUAGUUCAUUUUGUCAAGACUACGAUCGAAAGUUUAGUUUACUAAGCUUGUUUAGAAAUCCGUAUAAAUACAGUGAACGCCGAGCUGUUAACAAUACGCCAUCUGUCUUAGGAGCAGGAACGACAACGGCUGUUUCUCCAUCCCAUAUUUCAAUAUCGAGUUCUUCUUCUUCACUUAUUUCUAGCUCUCAGUUUACUCCACUUGGCUACAAAGCUCAAAAUACUAACCCUGCUAAUACUCCGGCUUGGAAAUUGAUUUCCACAACCCAGCAAUCUUCGGCCUUUAAUCAUGCCUUUCAAGGAGCGUUCUGUGCCCUUAAUAACAAUGAUGACCGUAAGAAAGCUUUUAGCAGUAUUGUUUCUGGUGGAAGCAGUACAUUUGGACGUGCUGUUGAAUCACGCAGCAAUCCUUCAGCUUAUGUUUAUACCGAUUUCUCUAAAAAGAAGGUUCAUAAAUGCGAUAAUGAAGGCUGCGAGAAGGUUUACACUAAAAGUUCCCACCUAAAAGCUCAUAAACGCACUCACACCGGUGAAAAGCCGUAUGUAUGCACGUGGGAAGGAUGUGUCUGGCGCUUUGCUAGAUCGGACGAAUUGACCCGGCAUUAUCGUAAGCACACCGGUGUUAAACCAUUCCGCUGCCAGCUGUGCGCACGAUCUUUUAGUCGUUCCGACCACCUUUCUUUACAUAUGCGGCGGCAUUAACAAUUUUUUCUUCUUAGUAAUAAUAUAUAGGCAAAUUGUUUCUGCGAACGUAGCAAAUUAUUCAUAUAUAAAAUUUUAUUUAUUUUAAGAUAAAUUUUGUGCUUUAAGUGUUUUUAGUGCUGUUAGCAGAUGUUGAUGUUAGCUAUCGUAAUGCGCUCUACAAUUUGAACAUUUGGCAGGGCCCUUCCAUCUGCCUUUUCUUUUAAUAUUACUGCAUUUUUUGUUUUAAUGUGCUGAUAAUUUUGCUCCAAAUUCGUUUGCAUAUUCUAAAUUUGACAAAACUAACAAUAAUUUUCGCAGAUGUGAGUUGGGCGACCUUUUUUUCAGGCGUAUAUAAAGACUUAAUAUGUAUUUCAACCGUGAAAUCUCAUAGACACGUAUUGUAAACUAUAAAGAAAACAGUGAUAAUGUUAUAAGUGGUGCUACUUGAUU